GGAGACCCCGUCCCUCCGCCGGUUCUGCCCGCACCCCGCCCGCUCCCGCCGCCACGCGCCGCGCAGCCCUCAGUCGCGCGCUCGCCUGCACCGCCGCCGCACCCGCACCUCGAACGGAACGCCGUUAACGCGAAGCCAGAGGAAGCCAACGCGCCGCAACGCCCUCGAGGAUGAAGUCCCUGGUAAUAGUCAUCGCUGUGCUCGCCGCAUCGCAGGCAGCUCCCCAAGGCCAUGGGGGUAUCAGGUUCACGCAAAAGGAGUACAAUGGCCUUCAGCAGGCGCUGGGCUAUCGCGUCCCUGUGGGCAUCUACAGCGCCAACCAAGUAUUCUCAAUGGUGGAGGAAUACCCCACAGACUACAUCGUCCUCAACCUCCCCGGUCUGAGCGCUGGCGGCGGAGGCGGCUACGCGUCACGCAGUGGAAUUGCUGAAGCUAGGACUGGUGCUUUGCCUGCUGACGACGAAGUGGCUGAGACUUUCAGCGAAGUGGCUGAGGAGGCCGUAGAGGCCGUCGAAGAAGCUGCAGAAGAAGCUGCAGAAGAAGCUGCAGAAGUAUCCGUCAACAGGAACCUGUUGGUGCAGGAGGCCGUCCUUGCUAUGCAGGAGCAGCAGUCUGCGGCCUCGGAAGGAGACGUCGUGGAAGGCAGGAGCAGUUCUUUACCAGCAACGGAUGCACUCAACGAGACAGAAAUUCCAUCGGUACCAGCAGAUGACACAGCUUCACCGCCCGUAGAAACCGCGGUAAGAUCAACGGGAGUCGAAGCCACACCUGCAACAGAGACAGAAACAGCAACAGAAACAAUGGCAACAUCAGCAGCAACUGUAACAGAAGCGGCGACAGAAACAGAGGCAACGACUCUGAUGACCGAUACAUCAGAUCAACCGGCAGCUGCUGGAUUGGCUGUUGACGCUGAAGAAGCAGCAGCUGCCGUCCAGGAAGUAGCUGCCGUCGCUGAUUCCGUUCGGACCAAGCGUCAGGAGACGGAACUCACGGCUGUUGACGACCUUUCCUUUGCCCUCGCUGGCCUUGGUUCCCUCAUAGCGCGCCAGCACUAACCGGCUACCUGUGCGGGUCCUCGUCGCGCAUGCUGUCGAUGGAAACUGCCACCGGCUCGAGGGCUGAAGGGCGCCUGCUGCAUGAAAGCUCCAGUGUGGCAACACAUCGCCUUCAUCAACAUCUUCAGGCCUUGAUACUGCUCCUUGUGAUAAUUUCCCGGAUUUGUACAAAAUCUGCACUGUGCAAUCUCAUUGUGCGCUGACGAAGGCUUUGGGUUCUCAUAUAGCUUACAUGGUUUGUCUUAACGCUGUAGUUUACUUUGUGUUAAGUUAAAAGAGUUUCCAAUUUUCUAAUUUUAACAUGGUGACUUGGGCAUCGCAGGAUCCAAUGUUGGUCGGUACCUAGACGCCACCUUUAGUGCUAACGUGGACCUCAUCCAAGGCUUCGAGAACACCGGGCUCCUUAUCCUCGACCAAGUGGAUGAUCGUCUCAGGAAGCGCCAGGAACGGCUGAAUAAGCUCAGAGCUGCUUCCUCUUCCUCUUCUUCCUCCAACAGCUAAACGUGACUCCUCAGGGAAACAUUCGCAGUCAACUUUC